AUGCUUUUUUUGCUUGCUAUUGCUGCUCUUUUGGCUACACCUAUUGUGGGUGAUUCGUGUCAAUCAUACAAUCAUCCUACAUAUGGCAAAACUGGUAAAUGUAUUAAAACUUCCAACUGUCCGAAUUCUCUUUACAUAUCAAAUUUAUGUGAAAGUCAACCAGCUGAUGUAAAAUGCUGCUUCUCGUCUGGCACGUCUACUGGAACUGGUAGCUGUCCAACCAUCGUCAGUCGUGCUAGUUGGGGUGCCCGAGCAGCAAAAAGUAAAACGAAUAUGGCUACUCCCGUCUCUCAUGUCGUUAUCCAUCAUACAACUGGUGCUACUUGCACAACAAAAGCUUCAUGUAUAACGAAAAUGAAAGGAUUUCAAAAUUAUCAUAUGGAUAGCAAUGCUUGGGCCGAUAUUGGAUAUAACUUUUUAGUUGGUGAAGACGGUAAUGUUUACGAAGGACGAGGAUGGUCAUUAGUCGGUGCUCAUUGUAUUGGUUAUAAUUCUAAAUCUAUCGGUAUUUCGGUUAUCGGGGAUUAUACUUCGCGUAAACCAAGUACAGCAGCUCUGAGUGCAGUGAAAGCUCUGAUUAAAUGUGGUAUUUCCAAAGGUAUUAUUCGAAGUAAUUAUGUUCUUCGAGGACAUCGUGACCUUGAUAGUACUAGCUGUCCUGGUAAUUCUUUCUAUGCAGAAAUUAAAACAUGGGCUGCUUAUCGAUCAGUUCAACGAAUCAGUUCAACUCCUUCAUUUAAUUUUCCUGAAGAUUAUCUUGUUAUGCGAGAUAUGUAA